ACAGAUUCGAGCGGCCCCCCAUCCCCCACCCCAAGCAACAGGGGAACCAACGACCAGUCCCCAGAGCGCACUCCCAUGGCGUCGGCACAACCGGCCUUGCAGACCAUCGUGCUGAGAGUGACCAUUCACUGCCAUGGCUGCAAGAAGAAGGUCCGGAAGGUUCUCAAGAACAUCCAAGGCGUCCAAGACGUCAAGGUAGAUGCCCAGCAGCACAAGGUGACGGUGACGGGCACCGUGGACGCCGAGACGCUCGUCAAGAGGCUGUACAAGUCAGGCAAGCAUGCCCUGCCAUGGCAACACACACCCGCCGCGCCUGCCAACAGCCCCGAGGCUGCGCCCGCACCCGAGGCCCCGGCGCCGGCCCCUCCAGCCGAGGACAGCAGCAAGGAUCCUGCUGCGGCGGACAAGAAUCCAGCGGAUCCUGUGAAGGAGCUGCAUGCCGACAGCUCGGACAAGAAGUCGGAGCAGGAGGAGACGUCGCCGGAGAAGAAGCCUGAGACGGAGAAGGAAGCAGAGUAUGAGAAGAAGGCUGAGAACGACGCGGCGAAACCAAGCGAUGAGGCAAACAAAGACGGCGACGAUGGAGCGGCGACCGAGCCCGAGAGUGAAUCCGCUGCCGCCACAAAGGAGGCCGGCGAUGACGAGGCCGAGGACAAGAAGAAACAGAGCAAGCCCAAGAACGCACCUGCGCCGGACAGGUCCCUAUCUCCGUCGCCGGCGCCGGCGCACGCGCAGCAGGAGUUCAACCCGUACAGCGCGCCACAACCGGUGAUGAGCUACCACACGGCGCAGCCGAGAGCGAGCGUGUCCUACUACGCGCCGCAGCCAGAGCAGAGCUACUCCAUGUCCAUGCAGCAGCAACCGCCGCACCCGCAGCAGGCCUACUCCCAGCAGGCGGCGCAGCCAAUGCAGCAGUGGUCGCCGUCGUACCUUUACAUGCCGUACCCGCACGCGUCGCCGGAGUCCUACUACCAGGACUACUACAGCCCGCCCGGGACGCACGCGCCGCCGCCUCCGCCUCCGCCGCCGCUGCAGGACUCGUACCGCCUGUUCGACGACGAGAACCCCAACUCGUGCAGCGUUAUGUGAUUUCACUGACACGUAUGGCAGGGCACGGCGCGGCUCCUGCUAGCUGGCGGCGGCAAAGUAGCUAAGGAUUGGAGGCGCCUUUGUAACACAUAGAGACCUCUCUGGUUGUAGGUAGAGUAGCUUGUUACUCUCUUCGAUCGGGAGGUCAACGCUCUCCUUACCAAUCCAUUUUUUUUCUCCUUAAAUUUCAUUCUUAUUAUUGUUCUUACUGUUCUGAAAUAAUAGAGCAUGUAAAACAGCUUCGGGCCUCGAUGGCCAAAUCCGAUACCUCAAACGCUCA